AUGACCGGCAGCAAACCUCAUGUAUUCGAUAUCCGGGCGGCCGCGGAGGGAAUCAUUGGGGAUGGAACCUUCACUACAGACUGGACCGGAUUCCAGUUCCAAGCCAACUCGACAAACGCAGUCAUCAACGAGUUGCGAUUCGCCAGCUCCAAGACGAUACGACAGUCGACCAUUAUUCUCGCUAGCUUCAAUGCCGUGGUUGGCUUCAUCGUAGCGGUGGGCAUCUUUUGGGACUGCUACGUGGGUGCCAAGAGGGCUGAUCCCCAGAUGAAAUUCCGGACAUCAAUGUAUAAAAUCAUAGGGCCCAUGCAUAUUUUCCCCUUUAUUCUGGCUAUUGGAAUUAUUAUCCAAGGCAUUAUUACCGCCGUUGAGCAGUCCAAGGGCAUGGAAGGACUGCUGAUCCUUGGCUGCCUGCCUAUUUCACAGGUCAUGUUUCCGACCAUAUUUAUUGUCCCAUAUAUACAGUUCGUCUUUGGCAUGGAGACGACUCUGCGCGCCUUUCGGCGACGCGCAUUCGACAGCUUCGGCAAGUGGACAGUCUCUGUCUGCGUAGCCCUCGUUGCCGUCUCUCUCGCCAUCACAUAUGGCGUCACUCAGGUGGUGCAGCCGCCCAACUUUUGCUUCGCCUCGCUCUUCUGGUUCGUGCAGAGAUAUCGCGUCGAGUGCUUUGCCCUCUUUACCGCCAUAUCUGGCAGUCUGCUGCUCGGCAGUGCCAUCACGCUCAUCAGACUCCAUCGGAGCACAUCAGGCAGUGUCAUUGAGCGAAUUGCCGCCUCACGCAUGAGCAUCGUUGUGCCGUUUUUCGCCAGUCUUACUCUGCGCAACGACAUGGAUGUUACGCAGCUGCGUGGCAACCUCGCCAUGGCUGCCAUGGUGGCCACCAACCUGACCGGCCUGACCAAUGGUGGCCUCUACUUGUUCCUGCGUACCUGCCAGCGCAGCAACAUUGGCCGCAAGGGCUACCUCGAGAUGCUAGACCGCGAGAAGCAGCAGCAGCGCUCGAGGAAGCGGCAAAUCCGCAAAUCACCCAUGACAGAGACGUACGCCAACCAAAUCGAACAGCCCGUCUCGCCGCCACCGCGCGUCUACCGGCCCAACUCGCCGGGCGACACCGACGCCGAGAGCUUCAUCGCCGAGAGCCAGAUUGGCCUGGCGCAGACGUCGAGCGCCACCGCCUCGCAGCAAAAUUUUGGCGGCUCCCCGCGGCGGAUGCACACGCGCAAGGCCUCGUACAGCGUGUUCCCGCAGCCGCAGCCGCAGCCGCUGCUGCAGCAGGCGCCGGCGCUCAACCCCAAGCCGCUGUCCAUCCCGCCGGCGGCCACCUACACGCCGCCGAUGCUGGCGACGCGGGGCCAGAGCGCCGAGGUGAACGACGACGACAUCAAGGCCAUGGAGAUUGACAUUAUCCGGAGAGACAUUUCCAGCCUGCUGCCGCCCAAGCCCGGUUUCGUGCCGAGCCACCAGCGCGACUCCUCCAUGGGGUCCUCGGCCACGGUGCAGAUUGGCCUGCGUCUCUCCAACGUCAACGACAUGUCCCGCGCGGGUGGCGGCCCGCCGUCGUACCUGGAGGAGCGCAUGCCCACGCCGCGGCCGACGUCGUCCAUCUACCCCAAAUCCAUGAUGUGGGGGCCCGCAGCGGCGGCGGCGGCGGCGGCGGCGCCUAGGCCGCUGGGCGACGACUCUCCCGUCUCCCCACGCACCUCGGUGCUCAUUGGCAGCACCGUCUGGGUCGACCCGAGCAAGGCGCUGCCGCCGGCGCCGCUGCAGCCUGCCAAAAAGGACCGCAAGGGCAAGGGCAAGGAGCGCGAGAGCCGGAUGCUGCUCAGCCCGAUGGCGUACAGCCCCGACGGUCCGGGAAACAGCGUCACCGUGACGAGUCCGUCGGACAAGGAUCCGUCGCCGUGGGAAGGCACGGGCAAGGAGAAGCGUCCCUCGGAAUGGAUUUGA